GCGUCUGAAAAAAGCGCGAAUCUACAAUUGAAAAAAAUAAAAUCUGCAAAUCAGCAAUAAACUUGGAAUAUUCGGCGACCGUCACACCUUAACAUGAGCGAUUCGUAUGAAGCACCCGUGCGCGAAAAGCGCUCAUUUCUCAUGGCUCGAGAUCCCAGCGUUGACCGGCGCUGUCGACCAAGACCGGAGAAAAAGUUGCGUCUGUUCGAUGAUAUACAUGAAGCCACGGAGAGCACAGACGGCUCAGACUCUGAGUCAGAGUGCGCAUCCAGUUGUGGAGACUAUGCAACCAGUGUUCCGAUUGCAGAAGAUAGCAGUGUCGCGGAUACUGGGCCACAGGUCUUUUUGCGUCUGCGUCCCGUGGGUGCCGCCUCCAAAGCAUACUCGGUAUCAGAGGAUGGAAAAGUGCUGGUUACCAGCGCAAAGAGUGAAAACACCAGCAACAAUGUCAACAGAAUGGAAAAGCACUUUGGAUUCACAUCUAUAUUCGAUGGGUCCGUUGGGCAGCGGGAUGUCUACGACAUUUGUGUUGGUCCCAGGAUUGUGGAAGAAGAAUGCGUUACCAUAAUGACGUAUGGCACUUCAGGCUCGGGAAAAACGUACACAUUGCUUGGCGAUGAUGUGCUUGCUGGUGUUAUACCCCGCGGCCUAGAGCACAUAUUCACCAUCUACCUGGAAAACUUGUACCACUCACCCAAACUAAAACUGGUCAACGGCUGCAUUGAGUUCCUUCAGGACGAGACCACGCUGCGGGAAAUGCAAAUAAGCAAGAAACUGCUUAACUUGUGCCCGGAUAUUGGCGGGCAUCACGAGCGACUGAAGGAGGCGAUUCAGGGGGAUCACACCUUCGAGACAAAGGCCGACCCGAACGUCUCGGUAAUGAUUUGGGUAUCAUUUGUGGAGAUCUACAAUGAACUGGUAUAUGACCUAUUGAGCAUACCGCCGCGUCAAGAAAAUCUUGGUGCUGUUCCGCGAAAAUCCAUGAAGAUCUCCUGCAAUAAAGGUCAGGUAUAUAUCAAGGGCCUGACGACUGUGUUCGUAAGAAGCAGCGAGGAAGCCUUGCGGCUGCUGCGGCUGGGACAGCAGCGUUCCACUUACGCUUCGACCUCGGUGAACGCGAACUCUAGCAGAUCCCACUGUGUCUUCAUCGUGGAUGUGUUGAAGUACAACAGCUCGGGAAUGACCACUCAAUGUUCGUACAAGUUCUGCGACCUCGCGGGCUCGGAGCGUGUAAACAACACGGGCACCAUCGGGUUACGCCUCAAGGAGGCGAAAAACAUCAACACCUCCCUAAUGACUCUGGGGCGGUGUCUGGACGCGGCCAGUACUUCACGGAAGAAGCCAAACACUGAGGUCAUACCAUUUCGCGAUUCAAAGCUUACCAUGCUGUUGCAAGCAGCCCUGCUCGGAAAGGAACGCUUGGCCAUGAUAGUGACUGUCACACCGCUGGAGAAGUUCUAUGAGGAAAACCUGAACGUGCUCAACUUCGCCUCCAUAGCGAAGAAUAUCAUUUUUAAAGAGCCUUUGAUAAAGCAGCAUAGUACACGAUAUUCUGGUUUCUUUGACAACUCUAAAAGGAAUACCCAGUACGAAUACAUCAAAGAGAUUGAGGAGGAUAAUAUCAGCCUGCGGGAAGAGAUCGAUCGAUUGAAGUUCGACCAUGUACUGAAGAUGCAGCUGCUGGAGGAGAAGCUUCGAAAAGAACUUUCGGAGACCUACCAAGAAUUGAUGCGGGCAAACAAAAAGCUGUGGGAGGAGGAGACCGCGAAGAAACGUCUGAUGGCAGAGCGGGAGUUCGAGUUUAAGCUGGGAUCACAAAAGCGGCGGUACGAAGAGCAAAUCGAGGAUCUCAAGGAUGAAAUCGAGGAACUCAAAUCUCCCUCAAGCGAAAUCGACAGUAUGGACGAAAAGGAGGAUGAGCCCAAUCCGUCCAUAGAAAUACUCGAUGAUGAAUAAUACAUUUAAUAUUUGCCAUGUUGUAUUUUUGUUAUAGUCUAAAUAAAAUCACUUUUAUGAAAUCUA